AUGGCGGCGGGGGCGAGCGGCGGCGGCCUGCUGCCCUUCCUGCGGCUGCUGGGGCAGCUCAAGAGAGUACCACGGACAGGAUGGGUGUACAGGAACGUGGCGAAGCCAGAGAGCGUAUCUGAUCAUAUGUACAGGAUGGCGAUGAUGGCUUUGGUGACCGAAGACAAAAGCCUUAACAAGGACAGAUGCAUACGAUUAGCUUUGGUUCAUGAUAUGGCUGAAUGCAUUGUUGGAGAUAUUGCUCCUGCAGAUAAUAUCUCAAAAGAGGAGAAACACAGGAGAGAAGAGGCAGCUAUGCAACAACUGACCCAGCUUCUAUCAGAGGACCUCAGAAAAGAAAUCUAUGAACUCUGGGAAGAAUAUGAAAACCAGUGUACUGCAGAAGCCAAGUUCGUAAAACAGUUGGAUCAGUGUGAGAUGAUACUGCAAGCAUUUGAGUAUGAAGAGUUGGAAAACACACCUGGCAGACUGCAGGAUUUUUACGAUUCAACUGCUGGGAAGUUUGUUCACCCAGAAAUACUCCAGCUUGUAUCUCUGAUUAACACAGAAAGGAAUAGACAAGUAGCUGCUACAUCUCAUCCACAUUCCUGAAGUGUUCCUAAAUGCUGUUGCUAUAAUAAAUAUUUUGUUUUACA